GAGAUGUGCUAGGAGCUUUCGGCACGGGAGAAACCGGAGCGGCUAACGUUAGAUCGCUUUAAACGGGUAAAACAACGGUGAUGUGUUGAAGUUAAAGACUUAAUCGCGUAUUAAGGAGUGCCUGCUUCAUGUGAAUGGCUCAGUUCGUUUCAAAAAGGACCCGUUUUGCUCCCCUGUCGUCGACAACGAGGAAAUUUAGGAUAUUUGACCCGGUCAGGGUAGAAAACAGCACAGCCGAGCUAAACUCGCCCCGACUCAAAUGAUUAACAUUGCCGUUUAAUGGUGAAAAUCUUCACGGACACAAAUUUUCCACAGGUUUUGCCUCAUCAUGGCAGUGUUCAGUUCUCAGGUGCUGCUGGCAGUGACCAGAUCCAGGGGAUCCUACUUGCUCUCCAAACGGCACGGCUGCUCCUCCCUGCCCUCCACCGCCUGCAUUCGCUACCACUCCGAGUUUCCUGGCCAUGCUCCGCUUACAGCUCGUGCCCCCAGGCCGUUAUACCUGCGCUGCUCUAGCACCAACUACCUGCGGCCUGCCUGCGUGCCCUCGCGGGCACUCCACAGUUCCAGUGCCUGGCUGCAGGAGCUGAAGGAUUCUCCUGCAGGGUCUGAGACAAAGACGAAUGCUGUUCAGGCAGAAACGACCAUACCGAGCAAAGCUGUGGUGCGCAAGUCGUUGGGUCAGAGAGUGCUGGAUGAACUGAAGCAUUACUACCAUGGCUUCCGACUGUUGGGGAUUGACACGAAAAUUGCAGGCAGGAUGGUGUGGCGGCUUCUGCAUGGACAACAGCUCACCCGCAGAGAGAGGAGGAGGCUGAUGAGGACAUGUGCAGACCUAUUCCGUCUCGUCCCCUUCAUGGUCUUUGUCAUCGUUCCCUUUAUGGAGUUCCUGCUUCCUGUCUUCCUCAAACUGUUCCCUGAGAUGCUGCCCUCCACCUUCGAGACAGAGUCUAAGAAGGAGGAGAAACAGAAGAAGGGACUAGCUGCUAAGCUGGAGCUGGCCAAGUUCCUGCAGGAGACGAUAGCAGAGAUGGCCCGCCGGAACAAGGCGGCUGUGGGGGACGAAACGCAGAAGUUCUCCACCUAUGUCCAACAGGUGAGGCACACAGGUGAGCAGCCCAGCACAAAGGACAUUGUAAAGUUCUCCAAGCUGUUUGAGGAUGAGCUGACUCUGGAGCACUUGGAGCGCCCCCAGCUGGUGGCUUUGUGUAAACUGCUGGAACUGCAGCCCAUAGGCACCAACAACCUGCUGCGCUUUCAGCUGAUGAUGCAGCUGCGCACCAUCAAGACUGAUGAUGAGAUGAUUGCUAAAGAAGGUGUUGCUGCUAUGACGGUUGCAGAGCUGCAGGCUGCAUGUCGAAGUCGGGGGAUGAGGUCUCUGGGUCUGACUACAGAUCAGCUCCGUCAGCAGCUCCAGCAGUGGUUGGAUCUGCACCUGAAGGAGAAUGUUCCUCCGUCUCUGCUGCUGCUUUCCAGGGCCAUGUACCUCACAGACCUCAAACCAAAACCUCCUGUUAUCCCCCCUGUGCCCAAGUUAGAGAAGGCCACAGUGAACCCUGCUGAAACCGAAGUGAAGCCCGUCUCUGGCUCUGUGGAGGUUUUGGUCGACUCCGCCCCCGUCAUUAAGGACCGGAAGGCCGAAGAGUUGGUGGAGAAACCGCGCGGUUUGGACAUGCCAUCACCAGAGGCUCAGUUAAUACAUGCCAAAGGAGCAGAGAUGGCCCAGAAAUCCAAAAUGAGCGCCAAUGGACUGUGAGAAUUUUCACCCCAGUCAAGGAAGAUGAUCCAUACUCCUCCUCUAUCGCAGCUCCUGCCGUGAGAGGAGAUGCUUUUCUGGAGGUGGGGGUGCACCUUCUUUUCUCCUCUUUCUCUCUCGCUCUCUCCCUCCCACUCCAGGAUGUUUGAGCCUCUCCUGAACUUUGGACUCGAUCAUGAUGCAACAGCCCCAGCACUUCGAGACCGGAUCUGUUUUUGCCCUUUUUGACCCGUUCGCUCUCUAAAGAACAGAAAAGAAUCUGAAACAUGGUUGAGCCAGCAUCCUCAACCUUCAGAACUUUGCAGAACAUCAUGUUCUGCUCAAUUUGGCCACAAUUGUUCUGCCUCAUAUGCAGUGUGCAUGCUUUGCUAUAAUAAUCUUUGGUCUUUUUUUUUUGCAGAAUUUCAUUAUGUAAAUGUGUAAAUAUCUUGUAAAAUAUUGGCCUAUUAUAAUUAUUGUUAAUAUAAUGAUGUGGUUCUGUUUUGGACACUCAGCUGUGCCACAUGUGAUCUAAAAGAUCUGCAAGAACAUAAUGCCGUGUUCUGUUUUGCGUACCUGAACGUGCGGCUGGGUUUGCAGGCGUUUGUUAGUUUCCUCUGGUGAGGGAACGUAAAGUUCACUCCUUCAGGAGAUGCAGUAUGAUAACGUUGGCUGGCACAAGCUGUAUUUAGAAAAUAUUUUAAAAUAAGCAUUUGUAUUUUCUGUGUUCAUGAUAUGCAGCAUCCUGUAAAUAACUUAAAGGUCUUUUUUUCUGUAACAGAAACGGAACAGCUGCCUUUUUUGAUCUGUACAAAUCUAAUUAGGAUUUGUAUGUUUAAUACUGGAUGCUUUGAAGCCCUAAUCAGGAGUCACUUUCCCAGCUACUAACAGCUUCAGUAUCUGAUGAAAGGAUGCAGAGUAAGAGUGUGCCAAUACAAACCCUGCUGUGGGAGCAUCAGGCUUUCCUGAACUUUCCUGGAGUUUGAAAAUGGCUAUAUUAAGAUAUGUUUGAUGCAUAGUGAAUAUCACUUUAGACUAAGAUGAAUUUUCAGGUCUGUGUUUUAUAGGGGGAAAACAACUGGCUUUAGUUUUCCAUUAAAACUUACUUACACAUUCUUGGUAAGAAAGGCUCAGACCUAGCUGAAGAAAUGCUAGGUAAACAGCUGAAUAUGGAAAUGCUAGAUUCAGAACUACUCUGUCCAAAAUUAACUGUGGGAAUGUUAGGUUCCUAGAUAGCUUUCGGAUGUAAAGUCUAGAACUAGCUGUGGAAAUGCUGUGUCUAUAAAUGCUAGGCCUGUAGCUAGCUGUGGAAAUACUAGGUCCAGAAUUAGUUGUAGAAAUGCUUGGUUCCUAGAUGGCUCUGGGAUUAUGUCCAAAAAUAGCCUUUGACAUGGUAAACCUAGAACUAGCUGUGGAAGUGUUAGGUCCAUAAAUGCUAGGUCCACAGCUAGCUGUGGAAACACAAGGUCCAGAAUUAGAUCUGUAGAUGCUAGGCCCAUAGUUAGCUAUGUAGCUGUGGAAAUGCUAACGGGCAAUUUUCCAUAUUAUGAUGAUGAUGAUGAUGAUGAUGAUGAUGAUGAUCUUUGAUCCUCACUGUGGCUUUCUGUCCGUCUCUGUUACUGAAAAACUUGGUACAUAACUGUGUUUUAUGGACACUGUUGGGUUUUGUCUGUUAGCUUUAGGAUCUGGCCUGAACAUGAACUUGAUUUUCCUUUUGAAAACCACUGAGAGGUUGAGAGGAAGAGGAUGAACCUCAUUUUUCCAAAGCGUAGUAAGAACCCUCUUAUUGCCUGUGUCAUUCACCUGUUUUGACUGUUUCUGACUGUAGAGGGUUGAAUUGUAUUGUUCAUGCUCUGUCUUCAAAUGUGCUUCUCUUUAGGUUUAAUGGAAUUUCUACCAGCAUUCUGUAAAGCUUGUUCAGCAGUUGCUAUGAAAGAGCUUAGAGAAGGAAAUGGUGAGCUUUUACCAUGUGAAGGUACUUCUCACAGUCAGUCACUCUAUGCCUUUUCCUUUGGUGCACUUUUUUUGAAAAUUGAUACAAAUGCCAUACGUCUCCAGCGAAACGCUCCAGAUGGAUGUACAGUCAGAAACACUAGGUGCUUUUGACCUGCUCUACUUGUACCUCUGUGAAAAAGAAGUGUUAUAUUUUGACAAUAAUGUAAAAGAAAAGAAUGCUGUUAUGCCUAAAACUGUAAUUAAAGCCAUAUUAUUGAUAAUUGGCGAGUAGUGCAAUAAUAACAGUGCUUCCCUGUUUUCAUCGUCAUCCAUUUAAAACAAAAGCUCAUCAUGGAAGAAGUAUUUAGGGUUUAAUUGGAUUGAAUGUUUUUUUUUUUUUUUAAUCUAGAACACCAUGUUCUAGUUCUGUAUGUAGCUUUCAAAUCUGUUUAUUUUAUUAUUAUAGUUUUUUGUUCAGAACACAGACAACACAGAAAUAUCUGUGGAAAUAAAUUAACGGCAUUUAACAGUGGAA